AAUGCUUAACUAAGCUUUUCUCUUUACAGUACUUGAGGAACGCUUCCACAAAAUCUACCUAGGGAAUGUUCUUGUUUUAGAAUCUAUUCAAUACUUCAAAUUAAAGAACAUUAGAACUAUAAUAGUUGUUGGAUAAUAAAAUCAUACUAAAUUUACAGAGUAUGCUACUUAUCAUGUAGUAUUGAUAAAAUUAUCUAGAGAGUAGAUGAUAACGUAGGAGAGGCAAUUAAGACUUUUGAAAAGACUUGCUAACUGAUUUAAAACGAAAUCAAACGUUCUUCUGUAUUAAUAUGUUGUUAGAAUGGAUUAAAUUGGAGUGCAGCUGUAAUGAUAGCAUAUUUAAUAAAUACAAAAAAAUGGUAAUAUGAGAAGGCAUUUUAUCAUAUAAAAUCUAUGAAAAGUUUAGUAAAUCCAUCACUAGCACUUAAAAAAUAAUUGAUUUUAUUCAAUAAUAAAGUACAUAAUGCUAAAACAUUUAAUCAAGAAAACAAGAUAAAUCAAUCUAAUUUAAUUGUCCCAUCAAAGUUCUAAUAAAGAAUUAUAGAGCAAAGUGAAAAAUUGUAAUAUUUAGAUGAUUCUAUAUAAUCAAAAGAAGAAAGAAAUUCAACGAAUUCUAAUUAAUGUGAUAAAACUCCUAAUUUUUAUUCCCCAAAAAAUAAUAAUAAUAUCAUUAAGAAAAAUUUUACAUAAUCUGAUACAAAAAUAAUGAAAAAAUAGAGUAUAACAAAAUUGGUAAGACAUAUAAGAAAUUAUACAUUCUAAAUUGAUGAUGGAAAUAAUAUUAAUAAUAAUAAUAAUAAUAAUAAUAAUAAUCUUUAUCUUAAUAAUAAUAAUAAUUUUAUUAAUUAACCAAUUAUAACUAAUUCCCCAAAAUUCAAAGAAGAAGUAGAAGAACCUGUUGUUUUUAGACAUAGAAGAAGAAGAUUUGCACAUAGAACUAAAAGUGCUAUCAAUUAUGUUUGA